CGUUCCGCUCCCACUCGAAAUUGUUGGUUCAAUUCCGCUCCACGCCACACCACACGACACCAAAACAGAAGACGUUGAUAACGCAAUCGGCGUACCCUUCCACCGUGUCCGCCCAACCACCGAAACAUUCACCUCAAUAAACAAAAUCCACACCAUAGAAAUACCUUACCCGGUUUUUCUGUAAUUUUCGUUUCUAUUUUUAUUUUUUUACCUCUCUCCUUUCCUUUCUCUUUGUUUGUACCCUUUCCAUGGCUAAACCCAAGGCUCCACGCCGAACCCUAGACUCAUACACAGUCAAACAUAUUAACAAAACCUUUAGAGCCGGGGAUUGCGUGCUCAUGCGACCCUCCGAUCCGUCGAAACCGUCGUACGUGGCGAGGAUCGAGCGGAUCGAAGCUGACUCGCGAGGCGCCAACGUGAAGGUGCACGUGCGCUGGUACUACCGCCCGGAGGAGUCAAUCGGCGGCCGCCGCCAGUUCCAUGGCUCCAAGGAGGUUUUCCUCUCCGAUCACUUCGACGUUCAGAGCGCCGACACCAUCGAAGCCAAGUGUACGGUCCACAGCUUCAAGAGCUACACCAAGCUCGAUGCUGUUGGAAACGACGAUUUCUUCUGUCGUUUCGAGUACAAUUCCUCCACCGGCGCCUUCAAUCCUGACAGAGUUGCUGUGUAUUGUAAAUGUGAGAUGCCCUACAACCCUGAUGACCUAAUGGUCCAGUGUGAGGGCUGCAGUGAUUGGUUUCACCCUGCUUGCAUAGACAUGACUGUGGAGGAAGCUAAGCGACUUGACCACUUCUUUUGUGAAAGUUGCUCUGCUGAAGGUCAAAAAAAGUUGCAAAAUUCUCACUCUACUUCAAGACACUCAGAUACAAAGGUGGAGACUAAACGUCGGCGAAGGUCAUAGGAGUGAUAAUAGUAUAUAUAUGGCAUAAAAUGCAGUAGAGAUCUAUAAUGGAGGUCUUAGAGACCUUGCUUUUCUGAUCCUGCUAGCUACCAAACAAACACGGAGACGAUGUUAUCGAAAGUAAACUAAUUUGGAAGUGUUUGUGAUAUCUAUUUGGUUUGAGUAUUCAUAAUCAGCCUGUUUGCUUUGGAAGUCGAGGAAAUGUUUCCGUUGUCUAUAGUUAUGUAAUGUAGAUUCUAACAACUCCCCCUUCCGGUCCUUGUUCUUACUCGGGCUUUGUAUAGUAUCCUUUACUUAUUUAUCAGCAGUAGACAGACACCGUUCUUUUUACUUAAACGUAGGUUUCGACUUUCGGUCA